AGACUAACCGGAAACUAUAGGCGUUGAGGUUCGGCUGAUCGCUGUGGGUUGUCAAAUUCUGAAAUUUAUUUAGCACGAGAGAAGUGGAAAUAUGAGAUUCAAGAAGCAAAAGCGUCACCGGAAGACGGUGAGAUUCUUCAGUGUGUGCUUCGGUUUCAGGCAGCCGUUCAAGGUUCUCUGCGAUGGAACUUUCGUAAACCACCUUCUUCACAAUGACUUAACACCCGCCGACAAAGCUCUCUCCGAUUGUCUUUCUGCCCCCGUCAAGCUUUUUACCACCAGCUGUGUUCUGGCCGAGCUGAAAAAACUCGGCGCUGCCCAGUCUGCAUCAUACCAAGCAGCUCGUAAACUCGCAGUUGCAAGAUGUGAUCAUGAGAAGAAGGUCAGUGCUGAUUCUUGCAUUGAGGAGGUUAUUGGAGAAAACAAUCUUGAGCACUUUUUUGUUGCUACUCAGGAUGCUGAUCUCCGGAAGAAACUUCAGAAGGUUCCUAAUGUUCCUCUAAUAUUUGGUCUACGAAAUGCCCUUUUCCUUGAGCAACCAUCUAAGUUUCAGCGCGAUUUCGUCAAAUCUUCUGAAGAAAAACGCCUUCAUUUGACUGAGAAGGAAUUUAAGGCUCUAGAGAAGAGGACUAAGGGCGUUUCAGAAAAUGUGGAUGAAGAAGAUUCGGUUGACGAAGAUGGUUUGGGUCGUCACAAUCCAGGGUUGCAGCCACAUAAUACCAGGAAUUAUUCAGGAAAGGAAAGAGAUGUAAAGGAUAGAGUUCGAUUUAAAAGAAAGAGAGCCAAGGGUCCAAAUCCACUUUCAGUUAAGAAGAAAAAAAGUCAUGAAAACCCAAAUCGUGCAUCUGGGAAGGAAGUCAAAGGUGAUGAUGGCAAUGCUGAAAGCAAGAGGAAAAGGAAGAGGUCGCGCAAAGGUAAGACACUUGAAGGGACAGACGGUGCUGUGAAUUAAGAAAAAAGGUUGUAACUUUCCCAACUGCAUUGUAACUUAUACAUUCAAUUGAAAGAAAUGCUGUGGUUUUUAUGAUUUUGUCACACUCCGGGAAGAAAAAAAUGUUACUGUUUUGAUACUUUAGGGGGUGUUGACUUUUGAGUUGAGGGGAUCAAUUCAUGUGUAAUGCCUUAUCUUUGUUAAUCACUAAUCUUUUCUUACUUUU